AUGAAUAUACCCAAUUCUACUAAUCAACCAAUAACAGUAGAAUUAAAGAAUGGUACAAGUAUAACUGGUAAUUUAUUAUCAUGUUCACCAACUAUGAAUCUUUCCCUUAAAAAUGUUAAAUUACAACAACAAUUUCAAGAUCCAAGUUUAUUAAAUUAUAUAAAUAUAAGAGGUAAUCAAAUAAGACAAAUAAUAUUACCGGAUCAACUUAAUAUAGAUUCAAUCUUAACUAAAUGUGCCACUAAUAAUAAAAUAAAAGGUCAUGGUGCUGGUCCUGCUGCUGCUGCUGGUGGUGGUGCUACUGGUGGUGGAAAUAUUAGAAAACCAUUCAAACCAAAACUGCAACAAGGUCGCCGUUCAAGGCCAAUAUAG